UUUUCUUCUUCCUCAGUCUUGACUGGGAAGUCAAGUUAAGAUGAUUCCGUUUCUUGUGUACAUCAGCUUUUUAAUCGGUGCUCGCGAAACAGCACCGGUGAACAAUGGAGGCUUAGCUAGUUUCACAUCUGUCUUGGGUUUGACACUUCUGCCCAUUGGAUUUGCUGCAGGUCCCAGAUACGUGCCAAAGUGGAAGAAGCAGGCAUGUGAACUACCAGCAACACAACUUCCAAAUUCACACUAUGUUUGCGAUGAAGCCGGGGAAGUCAAGUGUCUACCGGGAUGGACCGGGGAUCUCUGUGACGUUCCAUUAUGUCGAAAGGGAUGCGACCCUAUUCAAGGUUACUGUCGAAGGCCCGGUGAAUGCCGCUGUAAAUUGGGAUUCUAUGGUGAUACCUGCGGUAAAUGUGUCGCUCUUCCUGGCUGUCAACAUGGCAGAUGUAAUGUGAGCUUUGAGUGCGCUUGCGACCCUGGAUGGAAGGGAUUAUUUUGUAACGAGCCCGCUUGCGCUUCUGAUUGUAAUCCUAGCCAAGGAUAUUGUGACAGACCUGGCGAGUGCAAAUGCAGACUCGGUUGGCAGGGUCCAAAAUGUAAACAGUGCGCCGUUUUGCCGGGAUGCGUUCAUGGAAGUUGUCAAGGACCUCUCGAAUGUCGCUGUGAUCCAGGAUGGACAGGACUCUUGUGUCAAACUCCGGUAUGUGCUCAAGGUUGUAGUCGAGAACACGGCGGUUGUCGGAGGCCAGGAACUUGUAGGUGUCGAGUAGGCUGGACGGGUCCGAAUUGCACAGAGUGCGUUCCUUAUCCUGGCUGCGUUCAUGGUACCUGCAAAAGGCCGUGGGAAUGCAGAUGUCAGCCAGGCUGGACAGGGGACCUUUGCGAAGAAAAACUCACCUACUGCGAGCAACAUGAUGACCUGUGCAAAAACAAUGGCACCUGCAUCAGCAUGACGAAAGAAGAUGGCAAUUACAGAUGCAUUUGUCUACUUGGCUUUUCCGGUCGUCAAUGUCAAUUUGAAAUGCAAAUGCCGGAUAUGGAAUUGAAACCACCAAAACCAGAUGCACUUCCUCAGUCGGGAAUUUCAAGUGUUAUUGAAGAAAUGUUAGGUAAACCGCAAACGGAUAUCAAUGGAGAAAAGGAAAAAGACAAAAUUUCAAAUAAUAAUAAGAAGCCGAGUGUUGAGCUCAUAAAACCAAUUGUUAUCACGACCGCUCCGGAAAUUGAUCCUGCGGCUACAGCGGGCAAAUGGCCCACGGAACCACCUACAGAUUUGCCGUCAAGCGAAAGAGACGUUGAAAAUGAAACUUAAAAGCCAAUUUUUCCCUAAACGGACAACAAAGAAGAAGAAGAAUUUCUCAAAAUCAGUUAUUAUUUCAUGAAUUCCUCAAAGGUUAAUAACUACUUCAGUUCUUAUAUAAGAUAUCCUACAAUGGAUGAUUUAUUUAAAUUAAAAUCUUUUCGAAUUUUUUAUUUUCAUACUCUCUGAAUCUGAAUUAGUAAAAAAUCGUCCACUAAUUUUUAGUCACUGCUUAAAGACGAAAUUUUUUUACUAAUUUCUGUCAUUUUUUAUUUUUAAAAAAUAGUAA